GACGUCUGCGAUCAGCGAUUUUGAUCACACUACCAAAUUUCAGCUAUCAAUAUCUGGAACGACCCGGGAGAGGGCAUUUUGCGGAGGAAUGAUGGAUCCGAAGGUUAAUGAAACGCCUCUUUUAACCAAGAUUAUCCGUCGCUUCAGAGCGCAAUGCAACAAAAACAAACGAUGCACGAAAUAUACUGAAGUAGACUCUUCUUCAAAAGACCAGAAUGAUAUUGACCAAGUACCAAGAGACGACAAAGGGAAUGAUCAUUGUGGAUGUCACCGUGUUUCUUCUUGUCACAAAAGACCAGGCGGUCAGAUUUCCCCUGACUUCAUUUUCCAGCCAGUCUCAGACAGUAGUAGAGAAUUUUCUUUCCCAAUGACGUUUUGCCAGAACUCUGGAAUGCCUGAUCAUUAUUCAGGUUUGUGCAAGUUGCUUGAUCAGCUUCAUAGGCGUUCCCAUCCAACACCCUGCAAGCGUGAUUCCCAAAUUCAAACGGACCCACUACCGAACCUUCCUCCUCUUGGUUUUCAAGAACACAUUCUGUCUGAAAAUGAUAAUACUAAUAAUAACAAUACAAGUCCCGCUCGAAGUCCAACCCGUUAUUAUUCACAUACAGCUAAAUUGCACUAUCCAUUGCUACCUGAAAAUAGUCAGCGAGACUCAUUUGAUCAAGCCAACUCCUCAGAAUGUUCCGCAAGCUCAGUUGACCGAAGGACAAGCGCCUCGCGGACACUAAGUGAACCAUCUCUGCAAAAGGGCACACCCACUAGUCCGGGGGUGGGGAAUUUUCAAUUUGACCAUGUUGACUUUAGACUCAGGACGUCUAGUUGCAUGUUAGCGUCGCCCACUAGCAGUGAUUCAAGCCAUCCCGGCGAGUAUCAGCGUAACUUCGUGACUCCUGAUCGUGAGCAGUGGGACCAGGAAUCCUCCUCUACUUCGGUGGCCGUUGGCUAUAGAUCACUCCGAACUCAGAGUCAAUCUACACCAACCCACGAAAAUAACCUGGACGAUUUUGUUUGUGAACAUAGACGUCGCUCUUUGUCCGAUUCUUAUGCGUUCGAAGGUUUCCGGGCGACGUGGAGCGAGAAAAAGAACAAGAUGAGAAGAAAUGGGUCAGCUGGAAUCAAUGGAGUUAUUCCAUACCAUGAAGGUAAAAGGAAAUAUAUGCUAGCGUUGGAGGACAAACAUUCGAAGAGAACGGCAUUUUCAAGUUUCCUUGACAAAAUGCCAAAGCUAAGUCUACUUAGACGAUUCAAGGAAAAACCGAUGCAGUACGAGAGCGUGCCUGACCUUAGUGAAUUUGAUACUCCACGGGCAAGAUUACUGAAAGGUACAGCCCACAGAAAUGUCCGCUCACAUGAGCAACUUGACAAGGCUGGUCUGCGACAACGACGCGCUAUUUUAUCUAAGACACAAGGAACCAGUUCCCAACAUUCCGAUUGCGGCUACAUUGACCCUGAUAUAGUGUCCCGUAAUUUUAGCAAAAAUAACGCGCUCUUUCUUUCCAAGCCGGUUAGGAAGACCAUGUCUUGCAACUCUUUUGACAACACUGUUCCAAGUGGCUCUACAAAUGCUAAAUUAUACCGAAGAUCCUUACAUUCACCUGCCCCUCGAUCCUGCGAUCUGGCGGAUCAUAACGUACGACCAGACAACAAUGAAUUCUAUAUGACAUUCGACCCAGAUUGGAACCCACCUUGUCAACCAUCAACAUUACAAAUGCCUCUGCACUCACCAGCUAGCCCAUUAGAAUCACACGGAGUGGCGCAGAAGAACUGGAGACAGGCCAUUGCGGAUGGCCAGGAGUCAUUCUACGAGAAACUCGGCGAUGCCACAGAAGACGAUAAUGGUUACCAAGUACCCAUUCCAAGAUCCCGUCUAUCUAUCUCACCAAUCAAACACCUAUUGAAGCAGCGCUCUUUGACCAACCAAGACAAUCGGAAGUACAUGCCACUGCCACCAUUACCAUCUGAACACACAAAACAAGACAUCUACCAGGAAAUCCCAGCCGAUUCCGUAUCUUCACCUAUCCGGACGUCACCACCGCCGGGUUCCCCAGCUUUCGGUGUGAACGCUACACACCGGGACAAACACGAAUAUCAACUUUGUGAUGACUGGCAUCAUGGAAGCGUAUCCCAAUCGAGGUCGAGGUUGGUACCAUUUUCUCCGUCCAGUUUACCAGGUAGCCAUAUGCCAUCACCUCGAUCAUCAGGACAUGGAAAUGUUUUCUUCCCUGAGGAGCUCCUGGUUAAGAAGCUUCCGGCGGUCUCUGAGAAUGGAAUGCGCAGACGUCCGGACAUCAUCCCAUUGCACCAGACAUGCCUGACGGACAUUUCUACAGAUGCAACAGUUACGAUGGACAUGCCGUUACACUCCCCUCCAGUGAAUAUAGCACAUCGUAAUUUGAGACACACUUUAUCGUGCGACUCGGGUUCAGUUCACCAUUCUACCUUAUCGACAGAACCAAAAGGGUGUCCUGGAAGGGAUAAAAAUUCUGCAGGGAAAAUCAAGAUACCACCAAUUUUCCUUCAGCAAUAG